UCUGCGCCGUCGCUUUCCAGACUUGUGUCAUUGUGCACCGGAAUCACCCUCAUGACCGAGGACCGGAGUCUGUCCUGCACCAGGAGCUGAUCCACGUCUCUGGGUAUGGAUUUAUUCAGUUACACGAUUAGCACCGAGAGUCUGGAAGGAAACUGUGCAUUUCUACCUGGAUUAAUGUUCCGACCAUGAGGAUACCUGCGUUUGGAAAGUAAUCUGUGGAGGCUACAGUUUAGGAAAUGCUGCUUAGAAAGUAACAGCGAAGUAUCAAACCCAUCAGUAAACGCAUACCAUUAACCCACAGUGUCCAAGUCUAAGAGUCCAGGAGCUAUGCAGGGAUCCUUUGUGUGGAUUACCAGAGUUUCUGCGCUGUUGCUGUUGCUUUGGUCAGACCCCCUGGACGGUCAACACACAACAGACCACAGGAAGGUUCCCCAGAGGACAGAGCCACAGCAAGAGUUCAGAGCAGAACAUGGAGAAGUUCAAGGCUCUUGGGGAGCCUGGGGGUCCUGGUCAACCUGCUCACGGACCUGCGGAACGGGGGUUCAAGAGCAGAGCAGGCCCUGCCUCCCUGUUUACACUCCACCACAAUACCAUCCCAGAAGAGCUGGUGUUAAUCCCGAACAACCAGGCCGUGUUAUUUCAGCUCUACGGCCUACAGUUCCUCUGCACCACGACACGCUCGGAUCCUCCAACGGCAGCAGAGGAGACAACAGGAAACAGAAGGAGACUCGCGCCGGUGGACGCAGGAGGGUCGGUCACAUCAUCCCAGGGAGGUAUGGUUAUGGGAGAGCACCUUUUGUCGCCCCGCUGCAGACGGACACAGGCCAAGGUUCAGUGACAGUCAGCCCCCACAGGCAGAAACGCUCUGCUGCAGCUGAUGCCCACCACCACACCUCUAGAAGCCACAUUGGCCACAGGUCGAACCACCUGGACCCCUCCAACAACCUGCAUCGCUUCAGUAGACCAUACACCCAUCCUAGAGUGCAGCAACCUAAAAAUAACCAAGUGUGGGCCCCUCUCUACCAGCCUGAAGCCCAGCAGGAGGUGCAAUCAAGCAGCCAGAUCUCUGGAUCACAGCAGUACCAGGAGAGACCCUACAACCCCUUACCCACCUCCUACUGCACAGGGGAGCAUGCCCGCUACAAGAUCUGCAAUAGUAACGCCUGCCCUCCAUCCAGCAGAAACAUCAGGGCUGCUCAGUGCUCGUCGUACAACAACCAGCCUUUCAUGGGCAGACUGUAUGAGUGGGAACCUUUUAAUGAAGUCCCAGUGGAUCAACAUUGUGAACUCAACUGCCGAGCCAUAGGAUUCAGGUUUUAUGUGCGUCAGUCAGACAGAGUGAUUGAUGGGACGCCGUGUGGACAGAAUGAUACUUCUCUCUGUGUGGCAGGAAAGUGUACGAGUCUAGGUUGUGAUGACUAUCUCGGAUCGGGAAAAGUGAUGGACAAAUGCGGCAUGUGUGGAGGUGACAACACUACAUGCAGGCUGGUCUCUGGAGUGUUCAAACACAGCUUGUCCAAGAUCGGCUACCACAAGAUAGUAGAGAUCCCAGAGGGAGCCACCAAGAUCAACGUCACUGAGAUGAUGAAGAGCCGGAACUACUUAGCUCUCCGAAGCCGUUCAGGGCGAUCCAUCAUCAAUGGAAACUGGGCUAUCGACCGGCCGGGGAAAUACGAAGGAGGCGGGACCAUGUUCACCUACCGUAGACCCAACGAAAUCAGUAGCACCGCUGGGGAGUCCUUUCUGGCCGAAGGACCUACCAAUGAGAUCCUGGAUGUUUAUAUGAUCUUUCAGCAGCCAAACCCUGGUGUUCACUAUGAAUACAUUCUACCAUUUGAGAAACCACUUAUUCCUCAGCAACCAAACCACAGACCUGAAGGGAAUGCUGUGAAUGGACACAGUGGUAAUGACCAUCACAACAAGCAGGAGAACCUCAACCCAGGAGCAGGAGGACGGUACCCGCCCCGUCUCCCUGACAACCAGGUUCCUGUUGUCCAGCCACCACGACGGGAAAGGGACUACAACUGGAAACUGUCUGGGGCCACUGAGUGCAGCGCCUCCUGUGGUAAAGGUUUCAGAUACUCUGUCUUUCACUGUGUUCAUCGGCUGAACCACGUUGCUGUAUCGGACAGUUUGUGUGACAGCAACAGCAAGCCGAGUCCACAGGAAGAGCCCUGCAACCUGCAGCCAUGCCCAGCCUUUUGGGAUAUUGGAGAGUGGUCUGAAUGCAGCAAGACCUGUGGUCUGGGUAUGCAGCACCGACAAGUCCUGUGUCGGCAGGUUUAUGCCAACCGCACCCUCAACGUCCACACCAGCCGCUGUCGACACCUGGAGCGACCUGAAACUGCCAGCACCUGCCAGUUAAAGAUCUGCAGUGAGUGGCAGAUCCGCUCUGAGUGGACUGCUUGUUCUGUCCCAUGUGGGCUGGGUCAGAGGUCCAGAGAGGUACGCUGUGUCAGCAACUUGGGCGAUUUUGUUCUUGAUGAGGAGUGCAACAUGAAUCUGCGGCCCGUCGAUAUAGAGAACUGUGACAUGGGAGCAUGUGCCAAGAGCUGGUUCUACACCGAAUGGGGCAACAGGUGCUCAGCUGAAUGUGGGAUGGGAGUUCGUACCAGGGGAGUCCUCUGCUUGACCAAUCACAUCAGCAGCCUCCCUCUGGAGGGGUGUGGCAGCGAGCGACCUGCAGACUCCCAGGUCUGCAACAAUGGUCCAUGUGAGAAUCGGAUCGAGUGGUUCACAGGCCCCUGGAGUCAGUGCUCUGCAGAGUGUGGCGCAGGCAGCCAGCAGAGGUCAGUGGUGUGUCUCAUGAAAUCAGAUGAAGGAUUCACUGUCAUGCCGCCUUAUGAAUGCUCCUCACUGGAGCGACCUCUGAGCCAGCAGAGCUGCAACCUCAAGGCCUGUGGAGCCAAGUGGUACCACACUGACUGGAGUGCUUGUUCAAAAACAUGUGAGGGAGGUUUCCGAGUGCGUGAAGUGCGCUGCCUGUCUGAUGACACGCUGUCCAGUGAAAGCUGUGAUGAGCAGCUGAAACCAACAGAGAGGGAGGACUGCAACCCAGAGCCCUGCGUACCUCACAUAGAUGAGAACUGCAGGGAUAAAUACUACAAUUGCAACGUGGUGGUCCAGGCUCGCCUCUGUGUGUAUGAUUACUACAAGACGACAUGUUGCGCAUCGUGUUCACGAGUGGCCCAUAGACAGUCAAUCCACCGGGGCCGCAGCUAGCGGGGCCUAUCAGUGCCCAAAAUUUCCAUGUUGGACCAGACUCAAUACCUGCUGCAGGCGCUCUAUUCAAGGGGUCGAACCAGCUGGACAUUGCCUUAAAUGGACAGUGGUUUUGUUUGCCUAGGAUGCAAACUGAAGAAGAAACAUUUCUGUCGGUUCUUUGGAGACGUCUUAGUUUAGCGGAUGCCAGGAAUCCAUUCACAGGACAAACAGAGCCCUGGAGAUCUGAGAUGGAUCUGUAGCAAACUGAAAAAAACCCUUACACACCUCAUGGAUCUAAAUAACGUCACAUACUUUUAAGAAAAAACAUCUUUUUUGUUUCAUGGGAAGCAGUUUGCUGGCUCAAGUUGGUUACAUAUGAAGAGGAGAGCACCUGGAAGCUGUUGUGUGGACAAUUUAUAGUCUAACAUUGUUCCUUCCACUACAAGGCUCAAGUGUAUGGCAUGAUGUCAUAUGAAGCUGAUCAUGUUUUAUCUAUAAUCAUCUAUUUAACAUCCACUUUGUUGACCAAAGAUAUGUAACCUCAUCAAGCUAAAGACAGUGACAGAUUCUUAAGAAAAAUGAUUCAUAAGGAAAGUGUGAUUUUAAUUCUCCGUUGUCCAGAUAUUACCCCUGAUAAUUGCCUUAGCAGCAGCAGUCCUCAUUGAGUUUUUUGUCUUACCUGUACAGUUGUGAAGCAUUAUGCAGCCUAUGUAAUAUGUUUGUGUAUAUGUAUGUGCGACAGAGUGAAUGAUAAAAAGUUUUGUUUUUCAGGGGUUCUCACAGUCUUCCCAGCAACUGAAGAGAAAAAAAAAACCCUCUUUAUUUAUUUAUAUGGCUCCCCAGGGAGGACACUGGUUUAUCGGCCACCGGUGGCCCCUUUUAGACUGGGGCGAUAAAAUCUUUGCUGCCUCUCCACCAAUCACAACGUCCACGAUGAAUGUAGGCAUUCCACAGCCUGCUGGAUGGUAGAAGCAGAUGGUCAGAAAAACCUAAUAUAUUUUUUGGAAAGGUGAAAACAAACUGCUUUUUUCCUGUGGGAGAUGACCAUUCCACAAUUGUGUAAUUCCUGCUCCACAUGAAAUCACCAAUUGUCAGCAUGAUUAGUAUUUUAUUGUACACAUGAAUCAUUACAGUAUUUCGCAGCUAUUGAUUGGUUACGUUGUGAGGAAGGCUGAAGUAAACAUUUAUUUAUGAACCAGUCAUGCCACCCCAUUUUCCAGUAACAUAUUUUAACCGCACACCUCCUCUCAAAUGUUAGAGUGUUUCUCUACUAUAACUAUUCCCUCCAUAUUCUAUAAACUUACCUCUGAUUCAUAAGUACUGUAUUGAUGUUUAUGUUCAGAAUGACUCAAGUAUGCAAUUAAUUCAAUUCAUGAGGGAAAUAAACAUGAUGGCC